AUGGGCGCAGAAAUUGUGCAACAGGAGAAUAUUGAGGGAAUCUCGCCUGUAGGAGAGCAAAAACCUGCUAGAGGCAAGAUAGGUGAGGAGGUGCUUGACCCUCAUAUUCACGAUGACCAUGGUGACCCUCACCGAGCCGCACUCGACGAUGUGGACGCAGAAGGCAAAGUCAAAGCCACGACCUGGGGGGCUGUCUUUUUCCUUGGUAUCACAUUCAUCUCGUCUCUCAGCUUCACCUUGAAUUCCUUUGCCUCGAUCGCGACAUUGGUGGCAAUGGAACUUCAGGGUAACCUCAACAACGUGAACUGGGUUGCUGGCGGGUUCUCUUUGGGCGGAAGUGUCGCUUUUGCCCUUGCCGGUGGGUUCAGCGACUACCUCGGCCGAAAAGACAUCAUUGUCACUGGGCAAAUCUUCUUGCUGAUCGGUCACUUGGUUGGAGCCACGGCGCAGACUUUCAAUCAGAUCAUCGCCGCUAUGACUAUUCUAGGAGUCGGGACUGGAAUGACCUUUGUCAUCUACGCAGGUAUUUCAGAGAUUCUGCCCAAUAAGUGGCGAUCGUUCGGCAUCGCCACCACGGAGAUCAAUCUGGCUGUGUUGGGCACGUUCGGCCCUCUAAUGGGUCGUGGCCUUGCCGAAAACGCUACAUGGCGAUGGCUUUUCAUCCUGGGUGAGAUCGCUGGUCUCAUCGCCAUCGUAGGCACGGUCAUCUUCUACCGGCCUCCACGUCGCAUUUUCCAGGAUCGCACAAAACGUCAAGUCCUCUACGAGCUGGACUACCUUGGCAUCUUCCUCUACACAGCCGGAGUGACAGUGUUUCUUCUUGGUUUGGGCUGGCCGGGCACUCAGUAUCCCUGGCGAAGCGCCGCUGUCAUUGCGCCAUUGACCAUCGGCGGCGUCCUAUUCCUGUGCACUUUCGCCUGGGACUUCUCAGGUCGAGCGGCCAGGCCACUUUUCCCAUACCGGCUGUUUCGCAAAUUCGAAGAGUUUACUUCCCUCGUCAUCGUCAUGUUCUCCUCUGGUCUUGCACACAUAGCCUUGACUACAUUCGUGCCUCAACAGAUUGCCUACGUCUUCACAUCCAACCCUAUUACCGCCGGUUGGUACAAUGUUCCCUCCGGCGUGGGAGGUCUCAUUGGAGGGGCUCUCUUGGGCUCCCUGGUUCCACGGAUCAAACAUAUCCCUCUACAGCUUCUGGUCGCCAACGCUAUUCAAGCACUCGGUUGCGGACUCUUGGCCUUGAUCACUCCGGACCGCACUGCUGGAGGCCUGGUCAUACAAGGGAUUGCAAACAUUUCGUUUCCCUGGACCAUCGUUAUUGGUUACAGCACGGUGGGGCUGCAUGUGCCUCAGCGCGAUAUUGGUCUCUCAUACGGGCUGCUGGGCGCGGUUCGCUACCUGGGCGGAGCGGUAGGCAGUACCAUUUUCAACACGGUGCUCACUGCCAGAGUCCCAAAAGCCGUCCCAAAGAAGGUCGCUGAGGCAGUCAUACCCUUGGGCUACCCGGUGGCUGACGUGGGCAAGCUGAUUGCAGCUAUCUCAUCUAGGAAAGCCUCCAAUGUGGCUAGCAUUCCUGGUGAAGUCGUGGCCGCUGCGAGGGAGGCGAUUCGCUGGGGAUACAGCGAGGCUUUCAGCUACGUCUGGUAUGCCUCUAUACCUUUCUUCGUCAUCGCUUGUGUUGCUUCUCUCUUCGUACUGGAUCCUUCACCAUACUUCACAAACCAUACUGCCGUUGAGGUGGAUGACAAAGGAAUUGCAGGCGGUCUGAGACAUGGUCAUCAUCCCGACAAGGGCACCGCCCAGGAACUUCAGAAGCUUGAGACUCAUGCGUGA